AUGAGCGAGGACUUGUCGGCGCCUCUGUGGCUCCUGCAGGUCACCCUCCGUAUUCUUCCUGGUGAAUUACACGUCUUCCCAGGUCUGCUCGAUCCCCCCGAGACCGCAGAGGCCAGGCGUGUGAGGUGUCAGGUGAGGGCGUCCUUCCCGGGGCUGUCUGGGGGCAGGAGGCCCUUGCCCACCAUCCACCGAUCCAAGGGCCCAGCAUCGGGCCUCACUGGCCGGAUCCUGGGUUUCUGGUUACUGCAGAGCUGGGCGUGUGCGGAGCCGGGCGUGUGCGGAGCCGGGCGUGUGCGGAGCCGGGCGUGUGCGGAGCUGGGCGUGUGCAGAGCUGGGGAGCUGGGCACAGGCCACCGCUGGCCCUCCCCUGGGAUCCGGCAGGAGCUGGAACUGAGCAGGAAGCCCCCGGGCGCUGCCUCUGGGACGUGCAGCUGCUCAGCCUGGCCUGGUGCCCGCGUCCAAGGUGGGAGGAGGGGCAGGGUUCUGCUUAGGCGGCCGAGGCCUCCCAUCCGGACCGGACUGGACCGGGGCAUCCACACUGCCAGGUGGGGGCAGGGUCUCCACAUCCCAGCGCGUCCCGGGGAGGCAGGGCUCAGAGCCCAGCUCCCUUCGCCUGCAGGGUCCCGACCUUGUGACCCUAACUGGGCCCAGGCUGCCUCGGGGACCUGCACUGUGACGCCGAUAGGAGGUCCCCUGGCACAUAUUUGCCUCCAACCAGCCCCCCUCAGUCCCAGGCUCCUCCUCAAGGAUGGGACAGAGGCCCGUGGGCGUGUGGGUCACCCUGGUGUCUGGACGUCGCUGUGGGCUGCUGUCGCGCUGGCGCUGACGGAUGUGACGGGGAGCCUCGCUGUGGAGGCGGUAACGGCCCUGGCAGCUGCGCUGAGGGUCCCACGCCCCGUGCAGGCAGCGGAGGGCCCUGCGGACACCGGGCCGGGGCUACGGGCCUGACUCGCAUUCGAUAGUAAAGCCCAGAGGGACCUGGGGGAGAGGCCCGCGGGCGCACAGGUUUGUGAGGCUUGUUCAGCCUGGAGGGAAGGAAGUGCCGCUGGCACCCCGGGGCGGGCGGGGCAGGGUUUGACCCACUGGAGCCGUGUCCGGAGGAGAGCCUGCGGGGGGCGUCGCUUUAGGGAAAGGUGAGGCUGACACCGGGGGCCUGGGACACGCGGGCGGGUCCCUAAGAAACACGGUUGUUUGAUGAAAAACCGGCCUUGGCCCCUCGGGCUGCUUCUCCCAACGGCUUCUGUUUUCCUCCCCUCACAAGUGGUUUGGCCCGAGAGCAAAGUGCUCGGACAGAAGAGCACGUCCCGCCGGGGAAUCGCCGGCCGCAGGCGGAGGCCGAGGGCCCGGCCAGAGCUGCUGAGCAGGCGUGUCCACAUGCGUGUGCCGUGUGCACGCGACGCCGUGUGAAGAAAUCCUGUGUUUUCUGAAGAGAAGGAGCGGGAGCUGGGAGUCAGACAGGCCGUGUCCUUCCUGCCGAGUCUGGGGAAUCAGCUGUGAGCAAACAGGGGCCACAUGCGGCCCCCACAGCGCCGGGACCGGGAGGCACCACGGGAGGGCGUGACGUGAGACUUCCCGGCCAGAGCGGGUCGCGGGGCGUCGCGUGGGGCCUCAGCCUCCCUGACAGCCAGUCUUCUCCCUAACUGAGCUGGCGUCUGUUUACAGCUUGUAAACUCGCCUUUGAAUGUCGAUGUCUCCUUCUCCAGACCCGGGCCCACC